AUGGUAUCAACAAAUCAAAACUCAGUAACAACUGAAAUCCAUUCUGAAGCUAAUGUAUCUACAACAAAAGAAGUUUUUGAUCAAAAUAAUAAUACUCAUCAAGAUACAAAAAAUAAAGACGAUAACAAGGAUUUAAAGAAAAUAACAAAAAUACCAAAAUUGAAACAGGCCGUUGACAAGAUAAAGAAGGAACAGGCGUCACAAGAAAAGCCUUCUAAUGAGCCUCAAGUUAUAAAGAAAAUACAAUCAGCAAUUCCACGGCUUAAAGACACGAAGAAAGCACAAAAUACACAGACGGAGAUAAAUAAAAAUCAAAAUGAUCAAAAAGAGCAACAACAACAACAACAGCAGCAGCAGCAACAGCUGGUGCAAAGAGAAGAAUCACUAAAACUUGACGAUGAGUUUGAUAAGCUAUAUGAAGAAAUUGUAGAACAAGAUUCUUCCAGUAGUAGCAUACCUACUCCUGUGAAAUUCGAGGAACUAUUAAAGUCCGACACUCAGUUUGAGGAAAUAAUACACUCUUACGAGGACACCAAAGUUCAAAUUGUCACGGAGAAAGUUAAAAGUAAAAUACCAUUGCUCAAGCGUAAGAGUGAGGUGGAGAUUGAAGUUCUACCGACUAAUAGAAGAAGUUCGCUCAGAAAGAGUCUCUCAAGCGAUGAUUCUACUAGUAAAAUUGCUUUAGCAACAAAAGACAAAACAACAAAAGUCAUUUCAAAUAAUAAAUUUAAAAGAAGUAAUUCAAAAUCUGAAAGUAAUACCGAAAACAAGUCUGAAAUAAAAGUAGAUUCACAAACUAAAUUUAUAAGACACAAUUCAACAUCAGAAAGUAAUAUUAUUGAAAAUAAAUCUGAAACUGUUUUGGAAAGUGUUAUUACAAAUGUAACAAAAAAUAAAGCGAAGUAA